CUUUAAUUCCUUUAUCCGAGUUAUGCGAUGCCCACACAAUGAAGAAGUAUGGGGUUAACCCUGACCCAGAAACAUUGGAUAUGGUAACCCUUGCUGCUAGACAGAAGGAGAUAAUGGUAGUCCUGAAAAUUUACUGGGGAGAUGCUCGAGAGAAGUUAUGUGAAGCAAUUGACAAAACUCCCUUGAGCUGUCUGGUCAUUGGAAACAGAGGGCUUGGAAAGCUCAAGAGGGCCAUCAUGGGCAGCGUUAGCAACUAUGUUGUGAAUAAUGCUACAUGUCCUGUUACUGUUGUGAAGCAUGCAGAUGAAUAGUUUUGCAAUAUGCAAUGCGGGUUUAUUUUGUCAUUGAAAUCUAAGCUUAUGUUAAAAUAAUCUUGUUUGUUUUCUAAGCUUGAUGUUGGAUCAAGCUUCUAUAUUAAUGUGUACUUUGAACAUGUCCAUGCUAUGUGUGUAUUAUGUACCCUCAUGUUGAACCUCUCUAAUUCCUAUAUCACCAUGAGUUGCUGCUGCAGUAAAUAAACAUUUUGGAACUCUUCAA